CGAUAUGAUUCAUAGACUGGUGAUAUAUAAAGUAGGAAUUACCUGUUUGCCUAAGUUGUCAUCCGAGGUCAUCUGAGACGCGAAUGGGUGGUGUUGCAAUUUCCGUCUUCCCGUAUUUGACAGUAAAGUUUCAGACAGGAAUUUGGUGCAUGAACUGCAGUUUUAAAUUGAACUCUGCUACAGUAUGGAAAGCAAACCAUCUCAAACUAUCAGACAAAUGUUAUUGUUUUUAUGGCUGACUUCACUUUGUAUCCAUAUUCAUUGUAUGAAUGUUUCAUUGGAUAGUAUACCACUUGCUGUGCUGAAACAACAAACCAGGAAGCAAGAAUCAUGCUUUCAGAACUUGCAUAUUGGGGCGAGGAAAGCAGAAUCGUGCGGGAAGAACAUAUACUAUCCUGAAAUAAAAACAGUCCGUCGAAAUCAAAAGAUAUGUUUUACAGAUACAAAACAAAACCACUUCGACAAAGGGAAUAGAACUAAGAAUACCACUCUAAGUGUUAGAGGUUGUCAAAUAUUACAUCAAGAAGAGAUCACCAACGUUGUCAAAAUAUCAUGUUCUUGGCUGGAACAAGGCUACCAAAAGCUCGAUAAAGACGAGAUAUUACUAGCUGUGGUAUUACGCUGCAACAGUACAACAACAAAACAACAAGAACAACUGUGCUUAAUAAUAACCUCUCGUAGCUUGUCGGACACCGACGGUGAUGUAGGAAUGGAUAGUUGCCUGUCUAAUGUAUCCCGUGGUGUCACACCAAAGCCCACCCCUCCAACAUCAAAUUCAAAGGGGAGUUCCUUUUUAGGCUACAUAAAAGAGUAUAUGACACCAGUUUUAGCCGUAUUAGGCGGCGUACUUUUUAUAAUAAUGGUUUUGUUAGCGAAUCGUAUUCGUAAACGACACAUAAGUAGCAGAGAUGAACCUUCAGAGACGGAGGCUGAAGAGUCAAACACCAGCCAGGAAGGUGGAUUGUAUCAUGAACCAAAUCAUACGUACAUCGACAUAGACGCGGAGGAGAGUAGGCCCAGGAAUUACGCGUAUGCCUAUGGUCAUUUCGAACCAACCACUCCCAGAAGUAAUGUUCAUGCCAACACAUUAGAGUCUGGGAAAAGGCAUAAUUAUAUGAACAUAACACAACUCCCAGAUAGAAGAAAAGACAAUGGAGCGGAUUACAUGAAUGUGGAUAAAGAAGAUGAUAUGGACUACAUGGAAAUGAAAAGUAGUUACCAAACAUUAGAUAGAUCGAGUAUGAUUGAUGAUAAUGCUAUGUACCAGGGAUUGGUACAGCAAAAAGAUAGAGUCCGCCCUAAAGUUGCACCCAAACCCAGUUACCUGCGCCGGGUGGAAGAGCCGGAACUUUCUUAUGUAAAAGUGUUAUAAAAAAUAAAUGAAUUGAUAUUUAAAAUUAUUAAGUACAAGACUGAACAUUUUUAACAAAGACUCGGCUAUUAAUGAAGAACAAAACUGAUUGUUUUGCUGAAAGUAAAAUGUUUUUUGUAAAUACUUAUGAAUAGAUUUGUUGUGCAUACAGUAACAUAUUCAUACUGAUUUAAGAGAGGACUUGUAUAUAUAUAGUAAUAGUUGUAGUAAAACUACCUUUGAAUCAAGUUAGAAUUAAAGAGGACAAAAAUACGAUGCAAUAUAUUCUGUAUGUUUUCACUUGUCUUUUCGUCUUAGGAUAAACUGUACUUACAAAAGUAUGACAAACAAUAUAUACUUGAAGUAAUGUGUAUAUCUAUCCAUAUCUUGUCCCUUGAUUCCUGUAUAAAUCACCAUGAAGGUAUUUAUAAAAUAUUAAUGAAAUAUUCUCCAUGCAGUGCAGGCCGCGGAAAUUUACCGCGUAAGUCUCACUCCUUAUUGACAUGAAAGUAAUGUUUUCAUAAGGAGCUAGUGUCUGAAUUCCUGACCGUCACAAAAAAUUAUUGAGGAGAAAUGAGGUUCGUUCUGGUUUUGUACGAGGUGAAACAAUGUUAAAUUUACUAAAGC